CAUCCGAUGCAGAGCUGAUCCUAAUCAGAUCCUUGACAUUGGGCAAAGUCACCAGGAGGGAGAACCUGGACGAGGAAGUGAUGCAGGCGGCUUCGAAAGGUUUCAUUGGCUGCCUGUCGUCGGUCCAGUUCAAUCACGUGGCUCCGCUGAAGGCGGCGCUGACCAAUCGAGGAAGCUCGCUGGUCACCAUCCGGGGUCCGCUGGUCCAGUCGAACUGCGGAGCGUUGGCAGAGUCCACCUCGCACACGCUGCAGGAUCAAGCAGUAACGGCCAACAAGGACAACGAGCAGCGGAGCAAAGGAAACCAGAAAGAUCUGGCUGUGAUCGCAGGUGUGGUGACGGCCGUGGUCUUCAUCGCCGUGUGCGCCCUCGCCGUGAUGAGCCGCCUCCUGUACCAGCAGCGCCAGGCCCAGCGGAGCAGCAGCAGCAGCAUCAAAGAGGAGCACAGACACAGCGUGUACACGGACUACAGGACAGAGCUGCAGCUCCACAACCCGAUCAGGGACAACAUGAAGGAGUACUACAUCUGACACGGCGUGCGCUCUCUGGCCCUACGUUGCAAACGUACCUCUUGCGGGCGGGGCGGGAAAAAACCGGACAGGCCGCUGCAGCAUUUCUCUCACAACAAAACAUCUCUGUACAAGAACGAGCGAGUGGCCGAAGCUCUACAGCUGUUAGUGUAUUUGAUGUUGGUGAAACUGUCCCAAUCGAGCUGCUGUGGUUUCUGUCGUUGCAAAAAUGUGUAAAGCGAAAAAUCGGAAAGUCCUGCAAGGGAGGGGGGGGGGGAUGGAGCUCCGAUCCGUGAAUGCGCACAACUUCAAAUGUUUUGUUUGAAACCCUCAGAUGCUGAAUAUUUUCCACAUUUCGGUGGGACUCAAUUGUACUCGCAAGUCAGGAAAUGUAGGCCAGGCUUGUAAGAUAUGUGCGCGUUCGCUGCUGUCUUUGUUUUUAGUUUUUUUUUUUUUUUUUUUUUUCCGGUGGUGGUGAAUGUUUUAGAAGAAGAAACGGGGACGAUACUGCCUAUACUGUACGAGUGCCUAAUUUGCAUACGACUUUUUCUUUCAACAUUUUAGAAGUUUUCCUUGUGAUUUGCAGAGAAAAGGCAGUUUUCAUUUGCACACAGGGGUUAAGUUCUGCAACAGAAGACAAGUUCCCAGUUCCUCACAUCGCGGCGCCGUCUGAAGGAGCGUGGGGGGAGAUUGACAAACCUUCAACAGUCCAACGAUUCCAGGACGUUCCAGAAGUUCUUUUUGUGCGAAUUCAACACUUUCGAGUUCUUUCAGGUUUUUAAAGUUUGUGCGUCAUUCAGACAUAGAUGUGAUGUAUUUUUAUUUAUUUUCAUUUCUUCGUGAGUUAUUUCUCCUGUGCAUAGAAAUCUAAAAACACUUGUGUAUAUUGUACCAUGAGAGUAGCAGGAAUAAGAAAUUAGCACAGCGGAAUUAUAGUACAGGAUUUAAAUUCAAAAAGAAAAAAAAGUACUUCACACAAAUACUUACUGUACAUUAAGGGGGUUUUGAAAAUCGCUAGCGUCUCCACCGUCUCUUACCGGUGUAGGAACAUAUCCGCUUGGUAUUCGGGCAGUUUUGUAUUGUAUGUACAGGAAUCCUGCAUCUUUUUUUCCGUUCGCAGUAGUACGUUUGUCAGUACCUUCUCUACUACACUUUACCACAGUACUCUGAGUUGUACCACAGUUAAAAAACGGUUGUGAUUCCUUCAUCGCAGUUGCAAGCGUAGCGAUAUGCAAACACCAAGAGGGGCGGGAUUUUUACUUUCGUUGGUAUUUUGAUUUUGCAGCGUUGGACGUGAGACUGUGAGGCGACAACAUUUCUCGGAAUCAUCAUCGGUUUAUUUCUUUACGAUAUGGAUUACAGGGAUAAGUGGUGUUUUCUAUGUAUUUCAAUCAGAAAACAUUUUUAUAUACUGCACAUCGUCCACUGGUUCAUCGUACAAACAAAGUCACACAGAGUAAUACGAAAAAAGUCGAGAGCCACCUAGAGGUCGGGAGAGUGCGUUACACACCCGAAAACUAAAAGCAUGGAUUAAAACAUAAACAAUGGAGAAAAAGUUUUUUAGAUCAUUUAUCACUCGAGAAGUUAAACAGACUCAUUUACGUAGAGUUAUGACACAUUCACCCAGUCACACUUGCGUUCAUACAGCGCUUCUGCACGCCGGAUAUUUGGACUUGGGUGUCUCGCUGAAGGACACCGCGAGACCGGAGGGGCCAGGGAUUGAACCAGCAACCCUCCGAGAAGGUCGACGCCGGAGGAAAAGCGAUGUCAGCGCGGCGAGCUCGGUUUUACUUCAUCGUCCACCGGCUUCAGCUGCUCGUGGGCAGGUUAGCUGUCGUUGUCAACAUCUAUUGUGCUUUGAGCUCAACAUGCUAUGCAUUAGGCUUAAAGCCCACGCCCACACUCACACAGAUAAAGAAGUUUGUUUUGUUUUAAGUAUCCUGUCAUGAACUACAGUGUCGGCCGAGUCAUUACGCUCCGUCUUCUUUGGAUCCUCAAUGUCUGUGUAAAAAGUCAAGGGACACGAUCCAGCAAGAUGCUCCGCUCCGGGUUUUGGAACCUUGCUGAUGAACUGACGGACGAAAAGACUGACAAACAAUUCUAACCCUUCCCCUGGA